AUGACCGACGGCACGUGCCGUGACGCACUUGCCGCGGUGCAAUGCUUUCACCGCGACCAGCACCCCGGCCCCCCGCCGCCACCUCCGCAGGGACUACCCGGCCAGGCUUCGCUUCUUCAAGCAGCGCCUGGCGCUUCGAGGAGUUCCAACAGUACCUUGGUGGACGAAUUGGAGUCAUCGUUUGAGGCUUGCUUUGCUUCUCUUGUGAGCCAGGACUAUGUCAGUGGCACUGAUCAGGAAGAAAUUCGAACUGGUGUCGAUCAGUGUAUCCAGAAGUUUCUGGACAUUGCAAGACAGACAGAAUGUUUUUUCCUACAAAAAAGAUUGCAGUUGUCUGUCCAGAAACCAGAGCAAGUUAUCAAAGAGGAUGUCUCGGAACUAAGGAAUGAAUUGCAGAGGAAAGAUGCUCUGGUCCAGAAGCACCUAACAAAGCUGAGGCACUGGCAGCAGGUGCUGGAGGACAUCAAUGUGCAGCAUAAGAAGCCAGCUGACAUCCCUCAGGGCUCCUUGGCCUACCUUGAACAGGCAUCUGCCAAUAUCCCUGCACCUCUUAAGCAGACCUAAGGGCAGUUGGUCUGGCCUGCAAGUCAGCCCAUGCGGACAGUUUUGCCAAACGUCCCCUCUGGUGGACAUGGCAUUUUGGAAGAACUUUUAGUUGGUGAAUGAAUUGAUGUUAGUUUUAUGUUGCAACCUAGAAUUUUCCCCCUAUUUUUAUGAGUGAUUAAUUUCUUGUGUUUUUUUGUGAGACAGGGUUUCUCUGUAGCCCAGCCUGGCUUUGAACUCUGUAUGCUCUUGCCUCAGUCUACCAAGUGCUGAUUUCUUAUGUACAUUAUAAAAAAGUCUGUAGGUUUGCUAAGCUGAGUAAGUGUUUUGUCUUUGGCAGAAUUUAAACUGCUAGUGUGAAGACACAGAUUCUUUGUUUUA